ACACAAAUUUUUAGUCAUGCUUUGAGAUAGUAAUUUGAUGAUUGGUAUAUAGUCUUAUCAUGACAAGUUACAGAUCAAGUUCAGUUUUGGUUUGGUCUAAUGAUUUUGUAGAGAGUUAUGGUCCUUGUACUUAGGAAAUUCACUCACUUAAUCAGUUUUCCUCAUCUUUUCUUCUUGCUUGAAGAUAUUUAUUUGAAAAUUGGUAUAUAGUUUUAUCAUGACAAGUUAAAUAUCAAGUUCGAAUUAAGUUCCAGGCUGAUUAUUUUGUGCAGAGUUAUGGUCCUUGGACAUAAAAAAAUUCACUCAGAUAAUAAAUGUUCAAAAUUUUUUUGUUUAUCUGUUUUGAAUACAAUGACUUGAUAUUUGUUAUAUAGUUUACACAAUGACAAGUUAUAGUUCUGGUUAACAUUUUGUUCUAGUACAAUGUAAUUUUAAUCUGUUAGGGGACUAUGUAUUGCCAGGAAAUGCUCACAGAAUGCUUGUUAUUAUCCUAUUGAUAACAUGCACAAAAUAUAUCAUGUUUCUAUACUAACAACAUUAAAUCUUUUGAUAUGUUAUGCAUGUUUUAGGAUGUGCAUCACUGAUUGGACAGAAGACCGGGAAGGUAUUGAAUGUAAAAAUAAAAUCAAAAAAUUGCAGGACUUGUGAUGUUGCCAAAAGAAAAGGUAUAGUUCCAAAAGAGCACAAAUGCAGCAAAAACCAUACAGGCUCAUCUAAAGGCAUGGAGCCAGCUUUAGUGGUUGAUAUGAUAAAAGAUGUAAUAAAUAAGGGUGUCGAUAUUAAAGAAAUUGCUGGUGAUGAUGACACUACAGGUUUUCAAAGGGCACAAAACGUUCUUAAAAUAAAACUUAAGAAAAGAUCGGACAAAAACCAUAUCAAGAAAAACAUAUCAAAACAGUUAUAUGCAAUAAAAAAGAAUUACAAAGAAUUGUCACAAAGGGUCAUCAAUUACAUCAUGCAGAAUUUUUCAUACAUGGUUGCGCAAAAUAAAAAAAACACAGAAGGUGUAACAACUGGCUUGAAAGCAAUGGUAGGACAUAUUUUUGGUGACCAUAGCUUCUGUAAUACCAAGUGGUGUGUCUUCCUUGAACACCCUUUGGCAAAAUUUAGUAAGUUACCAUACGGCAAACCACUUCAAAAUCCAGAGCUGAGGAAGGAACUGGAUAGAAUUUUUAUUAAAAAAUUAUCAAUUCAAGCAGAAAAACUUGCAAAUCUUGCUAGCACUCAAACAAAUCAAAAUCUCAACCAAAUGUUAGCAACAAAAGCACCUAAAUAUAAACAUUAUUCUGCAUCUAACAGUCUGAGUUACAGGUUUAGUGCAACAGUGGCACAGAAAAAUGAAGGCCACAGAUAUGUGCAUGAGGUUCAUGAAUCAAUGGGGCUCUCACCAGGCAAUUUUACCAUAAAGCGUGCUACCUUCAUGGAUAAGAUCAGAAGAAAGUACAGUAAAUUACAGAAGACGAGGAAAUAUAAAAGGAGAAGAAUUGAGCUAAAGUCGGAGAAAUGUAACAGCAAUGGUAUAGCAGAAGUUCUAGAGGGAACAACUUAUGAAACCAAUAUUGACAUUGAGGAUGAUAUAACUGACCAACUAGAAGAAAUUCCAACUUGGAAACAGAUAACAGCUGAGGAAAACUUUCCAAUUAUAGUAUUUGAUCUUGAAACUACAGGCUUGUCUCGUCAGUCAGAUAUUGUACAGAUAGCAGCUUUAACUGAGAAUGAAACUUUCUCAGCCUAUGUUAUGCCAUCAAAGAAGAUAACACCACAGGCAUCUGAUAUAACAAAACUUGCAUUCUUUGAUGGGCAAAUGUACUAUGAUGAAGUUCCUGUGGAAAGUUCACCACCAUUUGAAGUCUUUACUAAUCUUAUUGCUUUUUUGUCCAAGUUUCCUUCUAAACCAACACUUGUUGGACACAAUAUAAAAACGUUUGACUGCCAUAUACUGUAUAAUCAAUUGAAUAAAUUGAAGAUGUGGGAUGAAUUUUGCCUGUAUUUUAAUGGGUUCAUUGACACAAGAAUAUUGUUUAGGAGUGAAUAUCCAGGUCGUCAAAGUUACAAGCAGUGUGAUUUAGUGUCAGAUUUUUUAGGGGAAAGUUAUGAUGCACAUAAUGCUUUGUAUGACUGUAAAUCUUUAUUUAAACUGGUGCGAUCACAUGGAAAUUUAGCUUCUCAUUUCUGUAAGUAUACAUUUGAUGGAAUGUACCCAAAAUAUUGCCAAAAUGACUUAUCUUUCAAAGCUCUUGUUGAAAAUAAAGUAAUGUCAAAACAAUUAGCCAAAAAGGCAGCUUCAACUGGGUUGUGCAAGAAGCAUUUUAUUUUGUCAAUUCAAAGAAAUGGUAUUGAUGGACUGAGGGCACUUUUGUCUCAAAAAAAUAGUUCAGGUGUAGUACGUGUUACAACAUCAAAAUCUAUCAUUCAGAAGGUGUAUGAUUUUUUUGUUAUAUGAAAUGAAGAGUAAAUUGUUUUAGAUUCCAUAUGAAUCUGAUUAUAUAUACAUUGUAGAAUUUAAAUGGAACAUAUUAUGGUGAAUGCUACUAGAGAUUAACAGAAAUUUUAAUCUACAGACAUACUUGCUUCUGUGACCAAGCUUCUAUUAUAUCAAUUAGCAAUAAUUGUUAUUAUCAAAGAAACCUACUUCUUAGGAUGCUAAAUCUUUGACCUUAUGGAGAAUCAGGUCAAUAUAUAUAAUAUAAAGAUUUAAAUACUACAUUGCACCAUAAAUGUUAAAGUUAAUAUUUGUUUGUGAGCUAAAUUUUUGGAUAAGAGAUUAGAAAAAUUUGACUGGUCCUGUAGUCUACUACGCAUACCUUAUUUUUUAGCAAUUUGAUUGAUCCGUCCAUGCUGAAUGUCAGGAAAUAGAAUUUUAGUAGUAAAAUUUUUUAUAAAAUUUUAUAAUGUUGUCUAUAGUUCUUUAAUUGUAUGAAGGAUUUAAAGUCAAAGAUGACAUUUUGUUUUACCACAGUAAGAAUGAUCAUAUUGUGUACCACACAUAUGUUGUGUGAUCCAUAUUAGUGAAUGUAAUUUGUUAGACUUGAAAAAGACCACUUAAACUUAUAUCUACCUGAUAUAUAGUUUAUAACAUGUUUAUAAUUUGUACUGUCAUUGUAUAAUAUCACUACUUAUUUAAGGAUUUGUGAGCUGUUGCCAUCAGUUUGUGUCAAUUCUUGUCUUCUGUUCACAUUUCAUAUCUUAAUUUAGGAGGCAAAUUUCAAUUAAUUAAAAAUGGAAUAUUCUAUCUUGUUACCACACUUGUUGGUAAAAUUUUAU